AUGAUCAUCGCUGACUGGGGCAAUCAUCGAAUCAUCCAAUGGAAGAUGGGUGAUACGAAUGGACAAGUUGUUGCUGGAGGAAAUGGCUAUGGGAAUCGAUUGGAUCAAUUGAAUAAUCCAGCUGACGUGCUCAUCGACAAGGAGACGAACAGUCUCAUUAUUUGUGAUCUCUGGAAUCGACGAGUCGUACGAUGGUCACGUCAUAGUGGUAGCACACAAGGAGAAAUCCUCAUCGACAACAUCGAUUGUCAUGGAUUGGCCAUGGAUGAGCAUAGAUAUCUCUACAUCUCUGACUACAAAGCACAUGAAGUAAGACGAUAUCAAAUAGGAGGAGACAAAAAUGGAACUCUCGUAGCUGGUGGCAACGAUGAAGGUGAUGAUCUCAAUCAGCUCAAUAAGCCACGCUACAUCUUUGUCGAUCGACAACAGGCUGUCUAUGUAUCAGACUGGGACAAUCAUCGUGUGAUGAAAUGGAAUAAGGGUGCAAAAGAAGGUAUUAUCGUUGCUGGAGGUAACGGCCGAGGGUAUACUCUGACACAAUUGUCGCACCCUAACGGACUCAUCGUCGAUUCGUUGGGUACCCUCUAUGUAGCAGACACUUGGAAUCAUCGAGUGAUGCGUUGGCCUCAAGGAGCGAAACAAGGCACUGUCAUUGCGGAUGGAAAUGGUAGAGAAGAAGAAGAAGAAGCAAAUGGGUUCGCAUAUCCCCGUGGUUUGUCUUUCGAUCGACAUGGCAAUCUAUAUGUCGUUGACUUUGGUAAUCAUGGUGUUCUAUUUUUUGGUAUUCAAUAA